UCUUUUUAAAGAAGGUAUUACUACAGUUGCAGAGCUUGCUAGUGCUGAUGCAAUGGAUGUUGAGCGUGCAUUGUACAAAGCGUUACCAUUUGAGAGCGAGAAAGAGCAAUGUGGCGAGCAUGAGACUGAAGCUGCAAGAAGAAGGGAAAUGAGAACUGUUUUCGUCACUGGUAAAGAUGGACUUACGCCAUGUCAAGCUGCUAUUAUGCUGGUUAAGGAAGCCAGAGCUUUGGUAGAAGCUGAAUUAGGAUUAGAACAAGUAGAGUGGGAUAAAAAGGAUCGCUCGAGAAAAGCAACUGGGUCUGAUUUAUCAAAAACGUUAUUAGAAGCAACUCAAGUCAGCAAAUUAUCAGAGCCUGUCACUUUGUCUCGAGCUAAUUCUGAACUCAGUAGUGGCAGCAACGUUUCAGAAAAUGCUUUGAUACCUUGUGCACAACCCGAAAUUCAAUCACAAGUAAUGAAUCCAAAUAUUUCUCAGGAGGAAGAUCAAGAAAAUAGUAUUGAAGACGACUUUGUGUUACAAAUUAACACUCCAGAUGUUAUUGAAGAUAUAACCGACGAUGAAGAAAACAAUAUUGAUCAACAAAUUAGUCAAGAAAAAACACAAGAACCUGUUCCAGAAGAUGUUAUAGAAUCAGUUACAACUCCCAGUUCCUGGGUAACUUCAACUUCAAAUCGACGACGUUCAUAUUCACAGAGUCCUAGUUUAUUUGGCGAUAGUCUAAUCCUAGAUACACAAGAAUGCAAUCUUUUAGAUCAAAAUAUUGUCGAUUUAGAUAAUGUUGUGUUUGAUGAUACAAAUUUUUCUGUUGAUCAAGCUUCCAAAGGACAAAAAACAGAAGCAAGUACGAGCAAAAUCAAAUUAAAUAAGUCUGAAGAGCUACGUAAUGUAGAAGAAUCUCAAGUAACUUAUAAGUCAUUAAUAUGGAAUGAAGAUACUUGGAACUCUACGAGAAUUUCUCAUGAUGCUAAUAAACGUCUGCAAAAUCAAUUAGAUUUAUCAAAAACCUGUAGAGAAUCAACGGUACAAAUUUUGAGACAAAAAAAUUCGAGAGACUGCAAUGAAAAUCGUACUCCGAAGAGGAAACGGUCUACUGAUUUAGAUAAAUUACACAUAGCUGCUAAACGAAAGUACAAUUCUCCUACUGUUGAAAAAUCACCGAUUGCUAGUUUAAUUACUUAUGAAACUAACCGAAGACGAUCAACGGGUUCAAAUAAAUCUGAAGAUGACAUUAUUAGUCCUUCGCAAACUAAGGAGUCUUUUGGGAUGAAUAAAAAAAAUCACUCGAAAAUAAAAAUAAUGUCCUUGAGAAAUCGUACUCAAAAAAAUAUUCAGGUAAUUGAAACUUCUAGUAUUAAUUUGCGAUCCAAAAACCAAACUGAUAUAAAUUUAAUACCUACUACAUCUAAAUCUAAUCAAAUUCAAGCAGAAGUUCAAGUUUAUAAUGCGCCUGAUUCUGAGGAUGAUGACAUGUUUUUAUGCGAUGAUUCACCUUGCGCAGCUCCAAUUGUAAAGAAAAAUAUUCCGACAGAAACUACUUAUUUAGUUGCUGACAAAUCAAUUCCAUCUUCAGUGCUAAGAAGCAAAAGUGAAAAAAAUUUUGAUAAAAGAUCGUUGUUAAAAGAAUUAUCAAUUGUAAAUAUAUCUGAUAAGGUAAAAUUUAGUGAAUUUAAAAGUGAAAUCGAUGACAAGGAAGAAAUCGCGCUGGCGCUAGCAUGUGAAAUAUUUUCCCACAAUAAUGUGGGUAUUGGAACUAAAAUACUAAAUUAUGAAGCUUAUCAAGAUUCUAAAAAACGAAUAGAACAUACUGAUGGAGUUAGUGACAAUAGAAAACUUUGUGGAGUUGCAAUUACUUGGGGUGGGCAUAUUUACUAUCUUCCCUUUGAAAAUGUUCGUGAAACUAAUCGUGUACCAGUGAAAGAACGUAUGUCAUUAUUAACAAGAAUAUUAUCAACAAAUAAAUUAACUGUAAAAUGCUUCAAUCUCAAAGAAUCUUACAAAAUGCUGUACAAAUGCUGUGGAGUAACACCUUCAUGUAAAUUUAUUGAUAUAAUUACCUCAAAUUGGUUGUUAAAUUCUUACAUCACUUAUAAUAAUUUUGAGGAAUUAGUUAAAAAACAUUUACCUGAAAGUAAAAUCCAUUUAAGUAACAUCAAGCGUACUCCAAAUGAUACUGGACCGGGGCUGAAUGUCAGAAGCGAAGUACCAAGUAAAAUAAGAGCUGGUACUGAAGCUUUGCUGACCUGGUUUCUUUUAGAUGGUUUUCAAGACAAAUUGAUAACGCAAGACCCAGUUUUAUUAGAUACCUUCAAGGAAAUAGAAAUGGGAACAAUACAACUGCUGGCUCGUAUGGAAUUAACAGGAAUGGGAAUAAAUCAUCAGUCUCUACAAGAAUUAUCAAAAACUAUUCUUGAUGAAAUGUCACAGCUUCAAAAUCAAGUCUAUCGAUCAAUUGGAAAAAGUUUUAAUUUUUUAUCCUCUCGAGCUGUUUCAGAAGUUCUUGGCUUGAAUAAAGGCAAAAAAGCUUGUGCUAAUAAAGCAGUGCUCGAGCAAUGCAAUCAUCCAGUAGCUAAAAUGAUUAUUUAUUGGCGAAAGUUAAAUAACAUUCAUGUAAGAAAUAUUUGUCCUUUGCUACAACAUGCCGAAGGAUCCAACAGGAUACACGGAAACUGUUACACUACAACAGAAACAGGCCGAAUUUCUAUGCAUGAACCGAAUCUUCAAAAUGUUCCUCGUGACUUCAAUGCACCUGAUAAUAGUAAACUUUUCAGUAUCCGUACUGCUUUUAUUCCAGCGUUGGGAAACAUUUUGCUGUCUGCUGAUUACUGUCAAUUGGAAUUACGAAUAUUGGCACAUUUUUCCCAGGAGCCAAAACUCUGUAGCGUCUUGAAGAAGCCCGGAGAUGUAUUUAAGAAUAUUGCAGCACGUUGGUACAAUACAACUGAAUCAAGAGUUGAUGAUACAAUGAGACAAAGAGCUAAACAAUUGUGCUACGGAAUGAUUUAUGGAAUGGGAAUCAAAACACUAGCUGAAACGCUUCAAGUAAACGAGACCGAAGCUCGAGAAUUUUUAGAGACUUUUAUGGGUGCUUAUCCUGGAAUUAAAAAAUGGCUAGUUGAAGCUCUUGAAGAAGCUAAGAAACAAGGAUACGUUACGACACUAAUGAAACGCCGAAGAUUAUUACCAGAUUUGAACAACGAGUCAUCAGCGCUGAGAGCUAAAGCUGAGAGACAAGCUAUUAAUACGAAAAUUCAAGGUUCUGCAGCGGAUAUUGCCAAAAAAGCGAUGAUUCUUAUUGAUGAAAGGUUAAAAAAAGAAUUUCCUGAUAUGUUGAUGGUUUUUUCUGGAACAGAUGCUAAGAGAAAACUCAGACGUAGUAGAGAUACUUCACCAAGAGGCGCUUAUUUAGUUCUUCAACUUCACGAUGAGUUAAUUUAUGAAGUUAAUGCGGGAGAUCUUGAAAAAGUAACGAUAAUUAUCAAAGAGUCUAUGGAACAUGCUUGUUCAUUAUCUGUACCCUUACCAGUUAAAGUUAAAGUUGGAUCGGCUUGGGGUGAAUUGAAAGAAUACGAGUUUGAAACUUGAUAGUUAUUACUCAGAUAUUUUUUUAAAUUUGUAUUUUAAUUAACUUGUACAUAUAAAAUCGUGUCUCGUUAAUUACUGUCGUUGUUUCUUUUUUGUUGUAAGUAUUUUUUUCUGUGAUUUAAAAUCAAUU